AAGGGGACGGCGGUCCCAGCCGCCCCCGGGCUUUGAGCCUCCAGCGAGCGCUCCCUUGGGAUGCGGCCCUGCUGUUCCGGGUGGGAGGGCAAAGGUGCUCGCCUGUGGGAGUGGGAGAGGGACCUGCUCGACCUUGACCGUCGGGGUCACUUUCCCAGCUCUGGGGUCUGGCCUCGCUCGCCAUCCCUCCAAAUCCCCAAGCCCCUUUCUUUCUGUUACUUUUUUUUCUGGGGCGCUUUUGUGUCCUCAAGGCUGGAAUGAACUUGGGGCGCUGCUCUUGCAGCAGGGCGCUGUCUCUUUGGCUCCUCGAACUGCAUCCUGUCCCGGCGGCGGCCGCUGGUUGAGGAGAGUGAUGAGUACAGAGCGGUAGAGCAGGUCGUGCCGGAGAUGGAAAUCGGAAAGCCUGUUGUUUCAUCUCCCAAGAACCCAUUGUAAGAGCCAGUCAAUCCUGUGGAAAAUGGCCUUCAGUGAUCUUACAGCUAGGACUGUGCGUCUUUAUGAUAAUUGGAUCAAAGAUGCUGAUCCAAGAGUUGAAGACUGGCUGCUCAUGUCCUCGCCUCUGCCACAAACCAUCAUCCUGGGACUCUAUGUCUAUUUUGUCACUUCUCUGGGACCAAAGUUCAUGGAGAAUCGAAAGCCCUUUGAACUCAAGAAAGCGAUGAUAACAUACAAUUUUUUCAUAGUACUCUUUUCUAUGUAUAUAUGUUAUGAGUUUGUGAUGUCUGGCUGGGGUACAGGUUAUUCGUUUCGAUGUGAAAUUGUUGACUAUUCACAGUCACCUACUGCACUGAGGAUGGUACGCACCUGCUGGCUUUAUUACUUCUCCAAAUUUAUUGAGCUAUUAGAUACUAUCUUUUUUGUUCUGCGUAAGAAAAAUAGUCAAGUGACUUUCCUGCAUGUCUUCCAUCAUACCAUCAUGCCAUGGACCUGGUGGUUUGGAGUCAAAUUUGCUGCAGGUGGUUUGGGAACAUUCCACGCCUUUAUAAAUACAGCUGUACAUGUAGUCAUGUAUUGCUACUAUGGACUGUGUGCAUUGGGACCAGCCUACCAGAAGUACUUGUGGUGGAAAAAAUAUCUGACAACAUUACAGCUUGUCCAGUUUGUUAUUGUCACCAUCCACAUAGGUCAGUUCUUUUUCAUGGAGGAUUGCAAGUACCAGUAUCCAGUCUUUCUGUACAUCAUUAUGAGUUAUGGGUGCAUCUUUCUUCUGCUCUUCCUCCAUUUUUGGUACCGUGCUUACACCAAAGGUCAGAGGCUACCCAAAGCUGUGAAAAAUGGAAUCGGCAAAAACAAAGACCACUGAAACUCAAGCACAACAUAAGUCUAUGAAUAAGACUGAUAUCUUGUCUUCCUUGACAAUCAAGAGAUAUUUCCAUGUUCAGUGCAUUUUGCAUAUUUUUCAAAACCAAGAGCUUGUAUUUUUAUGAUAAGUUAUUGGGAUUUCUGAUAUUUGAGAGCCCAAAGCUCCUAGAAAACACAGUCUUCUGAUAAUUAGGGCCUAAAGCAGCCAGUUUUUCAGCUGCUUUUAAACCUAAUCUAAAGGUUUUGUUGAAUGAAUUUUUUUUAGAAUGAAAAAAGGAUGUGAAACAGUACAGUAAUCUUCAAAGAAGUCCGGUAUAGAUGAAAAAUAUCAUUAGAUAUUUUGAGCACGGACAGAGAUCCAUGCCAUACAGUAGAUUCCUUCUGCCAUGUCUGGAAACCUCUAACUGUGGGAUCUGGCUUUGUUGCUCAUUGACUAUAUUCAGAAGACAUUAUAUUUAUUCCAAAGUUAAAUUCCCAUUCUAAAAAGCUAACAUGGGUAAGCAUUAAGUGAAUUUUUGAUCAGUUAUCAUUUAAAAUCACUAACAAUAAUUUUUGAUGGAUCUCUUGAGUAGCUGGCACCAGCUUUGCUUGUAAGACUUUCUCACAACACUUUCAUUGUGUGAACUGUUUAAAAGUAGCAAUGCUUUAGGUUAGUACAUUGAUGCACUUGAAACUAAAUAUUUUGGAAACAAGGUGAUUUGUUCUGAGGGCUUAAUGAACACUUUACUAUUACUCCUUUGCAAUGAACUUCGUGUAUUUCGGGAAAGAGGUGAAUUUGUCAAUGGAAAACAUAUUCCAAUCCUACUGCACAGGAAACUAUAUCUGGUCACUUGUGAUGGAGUAUAAUGUGAGAAAAAGAAUGUAUAUAUGACUGGGUCACUUUGCUGUACAGCAGAAAUUGACAGAACAAUGUAAAUCAACUAUAAUUGAAAAAAUAAAAACCUAGGGGGAGAAAACAAUAUUCCAUAGUUCAGUGGGAAAAAAUCUGUUGUUUGUAGUAUUGUAAUGUCACUUUCUCAUAUUGUCAUGGUUUAAAGGAUUAUAUUGGUUAAAUAUAUUUUUGCUAUUUGUAUAAAUAUUCAUAUCAUUAGCACACAUUACAUGAUUUUAUUCCACCAUUAUAUACAGUUUCCCAGAGAUGGGUUAAGAGUGGCUUGUGAACCAACUGGAGGCAAAUGGUGGCCCAGAGACUGUCUAGGGAAGAUUUGGUGAUGUGGGUCUCUCCCAUAAAGAGCAAGCAAGAGAAACUGCACAAUAGUUAGUGUUAUAAAUUCACUACAUGGAAAAAUAUGUUCCAGAAUUAUGAAUUAAUUAAAAUUCCAGAUUUUUUUUGAACUUAUGAACUAUGUAAUAGAAGGACUGAAAUUCGUUUUGCAUAGCUUUUGUUUCUUUGAAAAUGCUCUUCUCAUAUUUUCUUAUUGGAGAAUUCAACUAGUUUUGUCCAAGAAACAGCAAUAUUUGGACCUUUCUGAAUUUUUCCGUAGUGCUUUUUUCUUGUUAUAUUUAUCCUUGAUUUUGAAGGAUUGCUUAUGCUUGUAUGACAUUAAGCAAUUAGUACCCCAGUAGCUGUAUAACACACAGUUAUACUUACUGUACAGCAAAAAAACCCGAGUGUUUACUACCUACACUCCUAGCAUUAGGUGUCUCCUUCCUAAUCCAUUCAUCUGUACCAUGGCCUUUUCUCCUCACACUCAUUGCAUUCAUGAAAUUAUUUGCCUUUAAGUGACCUUUAGUGAUUUCACUUGCAAAUGGUAUGAGAAGAUGAGAGUUGAUAAAUGGGGAGAAUUUCAUUUUUAAAAAAUAAAUAAUGGGAGUUCCCAUCAUGGAUCAGCAGUUAACGAACCUGACUAGUAUCCAUGAGGA